AUGUGGGGUUGGAUGCUUGGUGAAGGGCGUAGGGUGGUGUGCGAGGUGGCGUGCACCCGCAACUGGGUGGCGCUCCGACACAUGGGUGGCGGUCCGAGAACCUUUCCGGGCGGCGUGAACAAGUGGAAGUGGAAGCGCAUGCACGAGAAAUUCGCCAGGGACAAACAGAAGAGACUCAUCGAACAAGAGAAACAGCUCUACGAGGCUCGCAUUCGCUCCCACAUCCGCUCCGCCCUCUCCCCCGAUCACCGCUCCGCCGCCGCUGCCACCCACCGCCCCCUCUCACCUAACGACCACGUCAAAGCCCUCGCCGACCGCUUCCUCAAAGACGGCGCCCAAGAUCUCUGGAACACCCGCGACGGUCCCCUGACUCCGAACCCAACACCGACCCAAAACCUUCAUUUCCGCCCCAAACAUUCUAGGGGAUACCGUUCGGUUCCCGAGGUUGGGAACAAACGUGUUGGGGCCCACAAGUAUAGGUUUUGGCGGAAGGGUAGUGAUGAUUCUUCUUCCGAUGAGAGCGAGAGUGAGAAUGAGAGUGAAUUGAGUUUGAAGACGGGUAGUAGUGCUUCCUUGGGGGAGUAUGAUGUGAAGAGAGAGAAGAGGGUUGUACCUAAGAUAUCUGAAGAGGUUGAGUUUAUUAGACAAGAGCUUAAUAAGCGGAAGUUGAAACAGAUUGAGGAGCAAGAGACUAAGGAACAACACAGCAAUGAAAGCAUUCUAAGCAACACAAGAUUUGAUGAGUGCGGUAUAUCACCGAAUACUGUCAAGGCACUUUCUUCAGCUGGUUAUGUUCAUUUGACCCGGGUACAAGAGGCUAGCCUCUCUAUUUGCCUUGAGGGUCUGGAUGCUUUAGUCAAAGCUAAAACUGGCACUGGAAAAAGUGUAGCUUUUUUGCUUCCUGCUAUUGAAACAGUUCUGAAAGCUGCGAGUAGCAAUAAGUCUGAACGGGUUGCCCCAAUAUAUGUUCUUGUUCUCUGCCCUACCAGAGAACUUGCUAGUCAAAUUGCUGCUGUAGCAAAAGUUUUACUGAAAUAUCACGAUGGCAUUGGGGUGCAGACUCUUGUUGGAGGCGUACGAUUUAAAGUUGACCUAAAACGCCUUGAAUCAGAUCCAUGCCAGAUACUUGUUGCUACACCUGGUAGGUUGCUGGAUCAUAUUGAGAGUAAGUCUGGAAUAUCUCUGCGAUUAAUGGGCUUGCAGAUGCUUGUACUUGAUGAAGCUGAUCAUUUACUGGACCUGGGAUUUAGAAAGGAUGUAGAAAAAAUUGUGGAUUGUUUGCCCCGUCAAAGGCAAUCUUUACUGUUUUCUGCAACCAUACCGAAGGAGGUACGUCGCAUAUCCCAGCUUGUUUUGAAAAGGGAACACAAAUAUGUUGAUACAGUUGGAAUGGGUUGCGUAGAAACUCCUGUUAAGGUGAAGCAAUCUUAUCUCAGUGCUCCUCAGGAGUCACAUUUUCAAUUAGUGCAUCAUAUUCUGAGGGAGCAUAUCUUGCAAACACCUGAUUAUAAGGUUAUUGUAUUCUGUAUAACUGGAAUGGUGACCUCACUCAUGUAUAACCUUCUUCGGGAAAUGAAAAUGAAUGUUAGGGAGAUGCAUUCCAGAAAGCCUCAGCUCUAUCGAACUCGAAUAUCAGAUGAGUUCAGGGAAUCCAAACAAUUGAUUCUUGUCUCAUCUGAUGUUUCAUCGCGGGGAAUGAAUUAUCCUGAUGUCACCUUAGUCAUACAGGUGGGAAUUCCUUCCGACCGGGAACAAUACAUACACCGUCUUGGAAGAACAGGUCGGGAAGACAAAGAAGGGAAAUGCGUAUUGUUGAUUGCUCCAUGGGAAGAGUAUUUUUUAGAUGAAAUUAAGGAUCUACCUCUACAGGAAUUUCCCUUGCCAGACAUAGAUCCACAGGCAAAACUUAAGAUUGAGAAUUCAAUGGCAAAAAUUGAUAAUGACAUCAAAGAAGGCGCUUAUCAUGCUUGGCUUGGUUAUUAUAACUCCAUCAGAGAAAUUGGGAGGGAAAAGACCACUGUAGUUGAGCUGGCAAACCGAUUUUCUGAAUCAAUUGGUUUACAGAGGCCUCCUGCUCUCUUCCGAAAAACUGCUAUAAAAAUGGGUUUGAAAGACAUUCCUGGCAUUAGAAUUCGUUUCGGUGCCCAAUUGUGGAUUUGUUGCUGGAUGACAUUUGAGCUGUUUCGCACUGAUUUUCAAUUGGAAGAUUUGUCAUACAUGGGACUUUGUGUACUAACUAUUGAUGGAAGUUCAAUUUUCAAGGCUCUCACUUCUGAUCUUAAUGACUAUACUGAUGCUGAGCCAACUUUCAAGUUGCUGCAAGGCCGGAACCUAGCACAGAAAAGGACCAUCCAAUUUAUGGAGUUUCUCUACGUGAUGUUCCAGGGGGUCCGAACCCCCUUCAUAACUGAUCAACCAUCUAGCAAUCUGCUGCUUGUCAAGUUAUACAAGAUUUUGCAGGUUCUAGUGUAA